ACUUCAAGGAAAAAAAAUAGCAAUAAUCUUUGCUAGAUCCUUUACUUGGUUGCUGUUGUCUCACAAUGGGUUCAGCUGCUCCGGAGUAUCAACCAUUGCUACUCGGUCUAGAGUCGCAUUCUCACAUACCCGAUAUAUCAUCCGUAGCGAUCGAAGAGUUCCUGCAGCACAGGCCAGUCGCACUUCGAUGGUGGCCGAGGCUUGUGGCAUGGGAGUCCAGGCUUCUUUGGCUUCUAUCAGGUUCUUCUAUAGUAGUUUCCAUUUUCAAUUACAUGCUCAGCUUUGUCACCUUAAUGUUCACCGGACAUCUGGGAGCUUUAGAGCUUGCCGGUGCUUCCAUCGCCAGUGUUGGUAUCCAGGGUCUUGCCUAUGGAAUCAUGUUAGGCAUGGCCAGUGCAGUGCAAACUGUGUGUGGGCAAGCCUAUGGGGCUAAGCAAUAUUCAGCGAUGGGAAUCAUUUGCCAAAGAGCAAUAAUCUUGCACUUGGGAGCAGCAGUUGUGUUAACAUUUCUGUACUGGUUCUCUGGUGAUGUCCUCCUGGCAAUGGGCCAAACCGAGAGCAUAGCUCAGAAAGGCCAAGUCUUUGCUCGAGGUUUGAUCCCUCAAAUUUAUGCAUUUUCCGUAAGUUGCCCAAUGCAGAGGUUCUUGCAGGCACAGAAUAUAGUGAACCCUUUGGCCUAUAUGGCAGUUGGGGUAUUUCUGGUGCAUAUUCUUCUCACUUGGAUUGUUGUCUUUGUGUUGGACUAUGGACUAAUAGGAGCAGCUCUUACUCUCAGCCUCUCUUGGUGGUUUCUUGUCAUUCUAAACGGACUUUAUAUCGUUUUUAGCCCUUCUUGUAAGAACACUUGGACUGGCUUAUCCAUUCGAGCCUUGUCUGGAAUGUGGCCUUAUUUCAAGCUCACUGUUGCUUCUGCUGUGAUGCUUUGUUUGGAGAUCUGGUACAGCCAAGGAUUAGUGCUGAUAUCAGGGCUCCUUACUAAUCCAACAAUCUCAUUGGAUUCGAUUUCAAUCUGCAUGAAUUACUUGAACUGGGACAUGCAGUUCAUGUUAGGCCUGAGUGCAGCUGCCAGUGUUCGAGUGAGUAACGAGCUAGGAGCAGGCCAUCCAAGGGUCGCGAAAUUCUCGGUUUUCGUGGUGAAUGGGACAAGCAUAUUGAUCAGUACAGUUUUCAGUGUAAUCGUCUUGGUAUUCCGGGUUGCAUUGAGCAAAGCAUUUACUAGUGACUCUGAGGUUAUUGAAGCAGUCUCGAACUUGACUCCACUGCUUGCCAUCUCCGUUUUCCUAAACGGCAUCCAGCCUAUACUCUCAGGGGUGGCAAUAGGGAGUGGAUGGCAAGCAAUUGUGGCAUAUGUAAACCUGGCAACAUACUACAUUGUUGGUCUCCCAAUUGGAUGUGUUCUUGGGUUCAAAACUAGCUUAGGAGUAGCUGGCAUUUGGUGGGGGAUGAUCAUUGGAGUCCUUCUGCAAACAAUAACUCUUAUUAUUAUUACUGCCAGAACCAAUUGGAACAAGGAGGUAGAAAAAGCUGCUGAUCGAUUGAGGGAUUCAAGUAACGAGGGGACAGAUUUGGUUACUCCACCAUGAGAAUUCUUCCUACAGUUUUCACUUUGAAUAAUACGAGGUUUUGAAAUCAUCAAGGCUGGUUAUUGAUUCACAAAAAAGGGGGGGGGGGUAUUGUUGAUUGAUCCGAAAUCAUCCUCCACUGAUACAUCAAGUUUGGUAUGUUGAACUACAUUAAGCUGACCGCAAUUUGAGA